CACUCUGGCGGACGACGAACGCACACGGUACACGGCACGCGAUAGAGAAACAAAGAAGGAACAACGUAGCCGGUAGGGAGUGGCCAACAUUCCGGAGCCGUAAAGAUCAACGAGGUGUUCGCGAUGAAUGGAACGGUUUAACCACGAUCCGGAAAAUGGAUGUCGUGAAGAGUACAACGGAGGAUUUCGUGACGGUGGUCAGCGUCGACAGUCAACCGCCGCCGAAAGAGAACUUCGUCACGGUGCUGUCGAUAGGAAACGGGAAAAAGGACGACGAAGCGGUUACGAGCCCGACGAAAAACCAGGCGAACGGCGUCGAUGGACUUCUCGAGGAGGAAGUCGAGGUGUUCCGACUACCCGGAGAACGAUUAGGAUUCGGCUUGAAGUUCGAAGGAGGCAACAAGACUUCCGAACGGGUCAGGAGGCUGUUCGUGCAGAGCUGCGCGGAACAAAGUCCGGCGAGCAGGGCUAAAUGCUCGUGGGGCACCUUGGGAGAGGGCGACGAGGUACUCUCGAUAGACGGUGUACCAGUGACACACAUGACUCGAUUAGAUUGCGUGAGGAGAUUGAAGGAAUCGCAGCUGGUUAUCAAGCUGGUGGUCAGGUGCAGAGGAGCUCUCAGGCCCGAGGUGGUGAGCGCCGAGAAAAAAACGUCACCGGAGAAGAGCAAAGUGCCGCCAGAAUUGCCAUCGGUACCUCCCCCCGUACCGCCGCGAAAGCUGCGACAAGCCCGAGGCUUGGCCGACGGCGAAGCUAAUCCGAGUCCUGUGAAGAAGUCCUGGAACGGAUCCAGGUCGCGGAGCGAUUCGCAAACCAGUUCUCCUGGCUCGCAAACCGGCAACAUCGUCGACAGCAAGUCGACUUCGUUCGAGAGCUGCGAGUCUUCGCCGAAGAUCCUCGAUGGAUCGGUUCAGGAGAGUCCGAAGGAUUCGCCGGAGUUCGCGAAAUCGAAACAGGAACCCCCGGAAGCUAUGGUGUACGUGGACGCCAGGUCUCAGUGCGGAUCGACCCACGGAAGCGCUUCGGACGACACGGGAAGUUCGAUGUCCACGGUGAUCGACCGAUUCUCCACGUCCGACCGAGUAUCGACCGUGUCGACCGUCUCGACCGCGUCCACCGCGUCCGAGCAACCUAGCGAAUUUUCUCGAAUCGAUCAGGACUCGAACGGCGAUCUGCAAUUGUCCAAAGCGAUAUGCCCGUUCGACGAUCCGGAGACCGAUUAUUCGUCCGAUCCGCCCGAUUAUCUGCUGCGCCGUUUGGCCAGUUCGGAGGCGGUGACCCACGUCGAGUCUCGAGGAGAAGUCGAGAAGGUGACAGCGGUGGUGGCACCGAACACGGUGCUGAUCGAGGAGACGAUCACUUUUCAGCCACCGUUGAGCUUCCAAGACGCUCCGUUGAGUUACGGUCACGAACCCAGACCGGAUCUCUUCUACACGGCCGAUCUGGCCGCCGACUCGACCACGCAUUUCCGACCGAUUCAAGACGACGUGGAACUCGUCGAGCGCGUUAACAGCGUACACGAGGACGACGAGGAGGAACUGAACGCUUUGGACUCGUCGUCGACGUUGCAGAAAUCGAAGGGACGCGGAUCCUCGAGCAGGACACCGCCUCCUUUGCCUGUCAGGAAUCACGUAAACAGGAUCAACGUCAAUCAGACGAGCAACGAUCGAGUCGUCGAACAGCGUCAACAACGAUCGAGUCCGGAAACCGUCGAUGGCCGAUCGGAAGCGCCCGUUUUACCGCCGAAACCGUUACCCCGAAGAGACGCGAAGAUUCGA